AUGUUCGGUGGUGUAUGCCCAUCUAUCAAGACAUCUAUUGCAUCAAAUACAGCAUAUAGAGUGAUGUACAAAGAAAAUGACACACAUAACAAUGAUACACUCACUGAUUCAUUUGGGAGAUAUCAUACAUAUUUGCGUAUUUCAAUUACUGAACGUUGUAACCUUCGAUGUUUAUAUUGUAUGCCAGCUGAAGGAGUUAAGCUAACAAAAAAUGAUGGAAUUUUAAAAACAGAUGAAAUAAUUAAAAUAGCUGAUUUAUUUGUAAGUGAAGGUGUAGAUAAAAUACGUUUAACUGGUGGUGAACCAACUGUUAGAAAAGAUAUUAUAGACAUUAUUGCUGGUAUGAAACAACUGCCGGGUUUAAAACAAGUUGCAAUUACUACUAAUGGAUUGACAUUAACACGUCAGUUACCAUCACUUCAACGAGCUGGAUUAGAUGCAAUAAAUAUUUCAUUAGAUACUUUAAGACAAGAUCGUUUUGAACAACUUACUCGUAGAAAAGGAUGGUCUAGAGUUAUGGCUGCUAUUGAUCUGGCUAUUCAAUUAGAUUAUAACCCAGUGAAAGUUAAUUGUGUGAUAAUGAAAGGUUUUAACGAUGAUGAAAUAAUUGAUUUUGUUAAUUUAACAAAAAACCAUCCAAUUGAUAUACGUUUCAUUGAAUACAUGCCUUUUCAAGGGAAUAAGUGGAAUGAAAAUAAGAUGGUUCCUUUCAAGGAGAUGAAAAAACUUAUUAGAAAUACAUAUCCUAACUUGCAACGUCUUCCAAAUAAGUAUAAUGAUACAUCAAAAGCAUAUUUUGUACCUGGAUUCACGGGACAAAUUGGAUUUAUUACAUCAAUGAGUGAUCAUUUUUGUUCCUCGUGUAAUCGAUUAAGAAUAACAGCAGAUGGAAAUUUAAAAGUUUGUCUAUUUGAAGGAAAAGGGGAAGUAUCUCUUCGAGAUGCAUUACGUAGUGGAGCGUCUAACGACGUUUUAAAGGAAAUGAUUGGAACAGCGGUACGACGUAAAAAGAAGCAACAUGCAGGAAUGUUCAAUCUCUCCCACAUGGAAAACAGGCCAAUGAUUCUGAUUGGGGUUAAAAAGAAACGUGUACAUCUUACAAGUUAUAAAUAUUUACGAACUUAUGUAUCGCGACAAAAUUUAACAGUUUACUUGGGACUUGGAUUUAAAAAUUAUGCAAAUAUAAGAAACUUUUCUUCACUAUCGCACGUGGAUCAAUCUGGCAAGGCCAGCAUGGUAGAUGUAGGUUCGAAAAGUGAAACUAAACGCGUUGCGAUAGCAAAAGGAAUUGUACAAAUUAAUUCGAAUAUAAGCAAAUUAAUAGCUGAGAACAAUGUAAAAAAGGGCGAUGUAUUAUCUGUAGCUCAAUUAGCAGGUAUCAUAGCAGCGAAACGUACUUCCGAUUUAAUACCUUUAUGUCACCCACUUCCAUUAUCUUAUGUAAAUGUAUUCUUGCAUUUAAACGAAGAAUUGCAUCAGAUAGAGAUCACAGCAGAAGUUAGGUGUACUGGUAAAACUGGUGUAGAAAUGGAAGCCCUAACAGCUGUGAGUAUUGCGGCCCUAACCAUUUAUGAUAUGUGCAAAUACGCAGCUUCCCCGAAAUCAAUAAAAAUAACUGAUAUCGAAUUAGUUUUAAAAACUGGUGGAACAAAGGGAGAUUUUUUUAGAAAUUAAAUAUUUUAUUUCAAUGCAUCAUUGAAAAUGCAUAAUAUUACGUAGAUAUAUAAGAUUUAGGGAAACACAUAGUUUA